AGGAGAUGACCAGAGACUGUGGACAUAGUACAAAAGAUGACCAGAAACUGCGGAGAUAGUACAGGAGAUGACCAGAAACUGCAGACAUAGUACAGGAGAUGACCAGAAAACUGCGGACAUAGUACAGGAGGUGACCAGAGACUGCGGACACAGUACAGGAGAGAUGACCAGAGACUGUGGACACAGUACAGGAGAGAUGACCAGAGACUGCGGACACAGUACAGGAGAGAUGACCAGAGACUGCGGACAUAGUACAGGAGAUGACCAGAGACUGCGGACACAGUACAGGAGAUGGCCAGAGACUGCAGACAUAGUACAGGAAAUGGCCAGAGACUGCAGACAUAGUACAGGAGAUGACCAGAGACUGCAGACUCUUGUGGGACAUGCGACAGGUCCCAGAAGACUACAGGUG